AUGGCGGCGUCUUGGUUUGCUCUCCGCGGAAGCCGCCAGCUCGCGCUGCGGUCGCGUGUACGAGCUGGUCCCUCGCCAGUUGCACUCCGAUCAGCUUCAAUUUCCCCAUUGAACAAUAUUCGACGUGGCCUGCACACUCAACAGCAGCAGCAAGUGUCUACCCCUCGCCGCGGUGUCUACACCAGCUCCGUGGCCGCCCAUGGCGACCCACACCCACAGGACGUUUUCCAACCCCUCGAUACCUUCCCCCGUCGCCACAUCGGCCCCUCACCGGAGGCCGCAGCUGAAAUGCUGGCUGUGCUUGACCCACCGGCUGAGAGCUUGGAUCAAUUCGUCAAGCAGGUCCUUCCUGAGGAUAUCCUUUCCAAGAAGGAUUUGAAAAUCACCGAGCCCCAUGCCGAUAUCAAGCUACACCGCUCCAGUGUGCAGGGCGGUCUGGGUGAGACCGACAUGCUGAAGCUUUUGGAUACCUACCGCAAGCAGAUUGAUGUGUCUGGUAAGACUUACAUUGGUACCGGUUACUACCCGACCAUCGUGCCUCCGGUUAUUCUCCGCAAUGUCCUGGAGAACCCAGCUUGGUACACCAGCUACACUCCUUACCAGCCCGAGAUCAGCCAGGGUCGUUUGGAGUCCCUGCUUAACUUCCAGACUCUCACUGCCGACCUGACUGGUCUGCCCUUCGCCAAUGCCUCCGUUUUGGAUGAGGCCACCGCUGCCGCCGAGGCCAUGACCAUGUCCUUCGCUACCAUGCCCGCCUCCAAGCAGAAGAAGGCCAACAAGUCAUUUGUCGUGUCUCACCUCUGCCACCCACAGACCAUUGCCGUGAUGCAGUCCCGUGCCGAAGGAUUCGGAAUCAACCUCGUUAUUGGAGAUAUCCUCGCUGAGGACUUCAAGGUGGUCAAGGAACAGGGCGAUCACCUCAUUGGUGUUUUGGCACAGUACCCCGACACUGAGGGUGGUGUCUACGACUUCCAGGCUCUUAGCGACUCCAUCCACGGCCAGGGUGGUACUUUCAGCGUUGCUACCGAUUUGCUCGCUCUGACCGUCCUCAAGGCUCCCGGCGAGUUCGGUGCCGAUAUUGCCUUCGGUAGCGCCCAGCGAUUGGGUGUGCCCAUGGGCUUCGGUGGUCCUCACGCCGCUUUCUUCGCUUGCGCUGACAAGUACAAGCGUAAGGUGCCUGGUCGUGUCGUUGGUGUGUCUAAGGAUCGUCUUGGCAACCGUGCUCUGCGUCUCGCUUUGCAGACUCGUGAGCAGCACAUUCGUCGUGAGAAGGCUACUAGCAACAUUUGCACUGCUCAGGCCUUGCUCGCUAACAUGACUGCCAUGUACGCUAUCUACCACGGUCCCGUUGGUCUCAAGUCCAUUGCCCAGCGCAUCAUGUCCAUGACUGCUCUCCUGCGCCAGAAGCUGGUUGGACUCGGCUACAAUGUCCCUGUUCGCUCCAACACUGAGGGCGAGGCUGUCUUUGAUACCCUUGCCAUUGAGCUGGAGAGUGCCUCCGAGGCUGAUGCCCUCGUUGCCGCCGCUCGUGACGCCUCUCUUUUCCUGCGUCGCCUUGGCGGUAACAAGGUCGGUCUCUCUCUUGACGAGACUGUUGGCCGUGAAGAAGUCAAGGAUAUCCUCAAGGUCUUUGCUGCUCUCAAGUCCGCUGCCCCUGUUGAGAUCGAUGGUGCCCUCUCCAUCGCCUCUGUCCCCGCUGCCUUGGAGCGUACCUCCGAGUACCUGACCCACCCGGUCUUCAACACCCACCACUCUGAGACCGAGAUGCUCCGUUACAUCCGUCACCUCGAGUCCAAGGAUCUUUCUCUCGCCCACUCCAUGAUUCCCCUGGGAUCAUGCACCAUGAAGCUCAACGCUACCACCGAGAUGAUUCCUGUUUCUUGGCCCGAGUUCUCUAACAUCCACCCCUUCAUGCCCGCUGACAAGGCCAAGGGCUACAUUCAGAUGAUUGAUGAUUUGGAGGCUCAGCUUGCCGAUAUCACUGGUAUGGCCGAGGUUACUGUGCAGCCCAACUCUGGUGCCCAGGGUGAGUUCGCCGGUCUCCGUGUGAUUAAGAAGUUCCAGGAGGCCCAGGGUGACGCCAAGCGCAACGUUUGCUUGAUCCCCGUCUCUGCCCACGGUACCAACCCUGCUAGUGCCGCUAUGGCCGGUAUGCGUGUUGUCACCAUCAAGUGUGACACCAAGACUGGUAACUUGGAUCUCGCUGAUAUGAAGGCCAAGUGUGAGAAGCACAAGGAUGAGCUCUCUGCUUUCAUGAUCACCUACCCCAGCACAUUCGGUGUUUUCGAGCCCGGUGCCAAGGAGGCUUGCCGCUUGGUCCACGAGAACGGUGGCCAGGUCUACAUGGACGGAGCCAACAUGAACGCCCAGAUCGGUCUGUGCUCGCCCGGUGAGAUUGGCGCUGAUGUCUGCCACUUGAACCUGCACAAGACUUUCUGUAUUCCCCACGGUGGUGGUGGUCCCGGUGUCGGUCCAAUCGGUGUCGCCGAGCACCUGCGCCCCUUCCUGCCCGGUCACCCUGCCAGCGAGUACCUCCAGGCCAAGCGUGGUGACAAUGCCUCUCCUCCCAUCAGUGCCGCCCCCUGGGGCAGCGCCAGCAUCCUCCCCAUCACCUUCAACUACAUCAACAUGAUGGGUGACCGUGGUCUUACUCACGCCACCAAGAUCACCAUCCUCAACGCCAACUACAUCAUGUCCCAGCUGAAGCCCCACUACCCCAUCCUGUACACCAACGAGCACGGCCGCUGCGCUCACGAGUUCAUUCUCGACGUGCGCAGCUUCAAGGAGACUUGCGGUAUCGAGGCCAUCGACAUCGCCAAGCGUCUCCAGGAUUACGGCUUCCACGCCCCGACCAUGUCCUGGCCCGUCGCCAACACUCUCAUGAUCGAGCCCACCGAGUCCGAGAACAAGGCCGAGCUUGACCGCUUCAUCAACGCCCUGAUCUCCAUCCGUGCCGAGAUCGCCGAGGUCGAAGCCGGCAACCAGCCCCGCGAAGGAAACGUGCUGAAGAACUCGCCCCACACCCAGCGUGAUCUGCUCACAUCCGAGUGGGACCGCCCCUACACCCGCGAGCAGGCCGCUUACCCUCUCCCCUACCUGGUUGAGAAGAAGUUCUGGCCCUCUGUGACUCGUGUUGAUGAUGCUUUCGGUGACCAGAAUCUGUUCUGCACUUGCGGCCCCGUCGAUGAGACUGAAUAG